AUGUACGGCUGGAUAACUGUGUGGAUGGCUGUGUGGAGGGAUGUAUGGCUGGAUGUGCUUUUAAACCAAUUAAGAAUGAUUGAAGAAAAGGCUGUCCCUAAGAAUGUCACCGCACAGAUCGGUCAUCCCGUGUAUCUCCAUUGCAUAGUAGAGCCUAUUGGCGAUAAAAUGGUUUCAUGGAUUCGUUUACGUGAUUUCCAUUUACUAACAGUAGGUUUACUAACUUAUAUAUCGGAUGACCGGUUUGUUAUACGACACGGAACUCUCCAGUCCAACGACUGGGCCCUACAAAUCAAACAUGUCGUUCCCGAUGAUGAAGUUCCUGUGGCUGAGAUGGUGGGUCAGCCGGACAUGUUUGUACGCGCGGGUGCUGUAAUAAACCUAACGUGUGUGAUAUCACGUUCACCCGAAUCGCCAGCAUUUGUGUUUUGGUACCACAACCACCGUAUGAUUAAUUAUGACUACAAUUCCAUUGGAAGGGGAGAGAUAUCGGUGCAGAAAGACUCGUCCAAAAGUGAUGCCGUCAUUUCACGACUGGUUAUCCGUUCAGCCAAACUGCACGACAGCGGCAACUAUACGUGUGCUGCCAGUAAUGCUCAGCCGACUUCCCUAUAUGUGCACGUAUUACAGGGAGAAAAACGUUUAUCGAGUAGAAUACAGAACGACCAGCCAUUCAAUGAACUCAACGCUAGCGAUACCAACGAUACCACAUCCCUGUGCUCUACAUACCGGUCAACCAAUAUUGUCUUCAUCUUCAUUAUGAUUGCAUUGCGAUUGCAAUUCAGUGAUCAUUUGCCGCUCUUUACGUAAAGGGUUAGCAAUAGCCGUAUGUGUGCGACACUAUAGACAGGGAAUGGCUUUAAUCAAAAGGGUAUUCAAAUAUAAUCUAUAAUAUUAUAUAUUCUCACGAAACAAGCGAUUCCUUGUCUAUAACUUAUGUGUACAGUAGAGAAGUGAGAGUUUGCAAAAUGUUCAAAUGUACAUGAUUAUUUUGUUUGCGAUAUAACUGGGAGGGGUAUACGACACAAGAGGCACUGAUUUGCGUACUUUGUAUCUCUUACGAAACAAAGAUGUGAUGGUUUGCCACCACUUAAUCACUUAAUCCAACGCUGAAGACAUCGAAUCUCUAUCAUCUCCUGCAUUGUCAUCAUUGGUAUCAUUCCAUUGGAAAUGCAUUACAACUGAUACUCAUGUGUGAGUUCAACCAAAAUUGAACUGACAUUUGCAUUGUCUGUCUUUGCAUUAUUAUAAUUGAUUGUAAAAUAAUAUAAACCAAGAGUUAUUGCUCUGAAUAGUGAUUAGGAAGUAUUGAU